AUGAAGGAUAAGAAGCAUCUUGAAGGAUUAGUGUUGAAAUGGGGUGGCGAUACAAGUGAUUCACAGAAGGAAAGAGAUUUAGUUGACAAGCUACAGCCUCAUGCAGGGGUGAAGUUUGUUAGCAUCGUCAACUAUGGGGGCACAAAAUUUCCACAUUGGUUAGAUAAACCUCAUUCAUUUCGUAACAUGGUGUCGUUAGAGCUUAGAAGGUGUGCAAAUUGUUAUCUGUUGCCGUCAAUUGGGCAACUACCCUCUUUAAAACAUCUAAGAAUUGAAGAGAUGAAAGAAAUAACGGAGGUUGGUCGGGAGUUCUAUGAGGAUGCCUCUUCUUUUUCUUUUUCUUCAAUCAAACCAUUUCAAUCUCUGGAGACACUAAGUUUUGAGAAAAUGUCAGAGUGGAAGGAAUGGCAUGCAUUAGAGGUUGGAGAGUUCUCUCGCCUUCUUGAGCUUUCUAUUGUUGAUUGUCCUAAGUUGAUCGGCGAAUUACCCAACCACUUCCCAUCUCUGAGGAAACUUGAAAUUUUUGAAUGUCAUGGGCUCGUUUCCAAUAAUGUCGGAUUGUUGGUGCAAGAUAUUUCAAACUUGACUGAAUUGCCACCGCAGUUUCAAAACCUAUCUUCUCUUCAGAAAUUGAAGAUUUCCAGGAUGCCAAACUUAAAGGAAUUGCCUCCUAAGUUGUGCAGAUUAAUAAAACUUGAAAGGUUGGAGAUAAAGAAAUGCCCUAGCCUCGUGUCAUUUCCGGACAUGGGAUUGUUGCCGAUGCUUAAGACUCUGGAGAUCGGUGAGUGUGAAGCUCUAUAG